CCACUGAUCAUAGUCCUAUGUAGGAACUUAACCAGAAUCUUUUAUUUUGAAAACAGCAGACCGGAAGUAGUUGUUGGCAGACUAUCGCUGCUAUCCAGCUAGCUCAUUAGCUGGUUAGCUCAUCUGAACCAAAAUCCAACGUUUGCAGCCGAGGAGGGGGUCAGGGAUCUACAGUAGGCACCAUGUUGGUCCCCAUAUUCACACUGAAGCUGAACCACAAGAUCAACCCUCGCAUGGUGACUGUUGGGAAAUUUGAUGGAGUCCACCCAUGCCUUACUGCAGCCACACAGGCUGGAAAGGUUUUUAUCCAUAACCCCCAUGCUCGUGGUCAGCGACCUGUGGCCCACCGACUGAGCCAGAGCACACAAGACUCUGACAUCUCACUCCUCAACAUCAACCAGGCAGUCACUUGUCUGACGGCAGGAACGCUCGGACCAAACACCACUGGGGACACACUGUUGGUGGGAUCCCAGACCAACCUGCUGGCCUAUGAUGUCCAUGACAAUGCUGAUAUAUUCUACAGAGAGGUGACAGAUGGGGCCAAUGCUAUUGUGUUGGGGAAACUCGGGGACAUCUCAACUCCUCUUGCCAUCAUUGGAGGGAACUGCGCCUUACAAGGCUUUGACUAUGAGGGCAAUGACCACUUCUGGACAGUAACUGGCGAUAAUGUCAGGUCUGUGGUGCUCUGUGACUUCACUGGGGAUGGGAAAAAUGAGCUCCUGGUAGGAUCGGAAGACUUUGACAUCAGGGUGUUCAAAGAGGAUGAGCUUGUAUCUGAGAUGACUGAAAAUGAGACAGUAACAUCACUGUGCCAUAUGCAUGGCAGCAGGUUUGGCUAUGCUCUGGCCAAUGGCACUGUGGGAGUUUAUGACCGCACCGCUCGCUAUUGGAGAAUUAAGUCUAAGAAUCAUGCAAUGAGCAUCCAUGCCUUUGACCUGAAUGCUGAUGGGGUGGUGGAGCUUAUCACUGGCUGGUCCAAUGGAAAGAUUGAUGCUCGCAGCGACCGCACAGGCGAGGUCAUUUUCAAAGACAACUUCUCCUCUUCUGUGGCCGGAGUGGUGGAGGGAGACUACAGGUUGGAUGGCCAGAAACAACUAAUAUGCACCUCCAUAGAGGGAGAGGUCCGUGGUUACCUGCCAGCCAGUAAAGACCUCAAAGGGAAUCUCAUGGACUCCAGUGCUGAACAGGACCUCAUUAGAGAGCUCAGCCAACGCAGACAGAAUCUGUUGCUGGAGCUACGCAACUAUGAUGAGAAUGCCAAGGGUGUGUCAGAGACAAACAGCGGGGUGGGUGUCAUACCAGCCAACACUCAGCUCCAGACAGCGUUGUCAGUGAGACCUGCUACAGAGGAUCAGAAGGCUCAUGUAGAGCUCAGCAUUUCAACACCAAAUGAAACCAUUAUCCGUGCAGUGCUCAUCUUUGCAGAGGGGAUAUUUGAGGGGGAGAGUCACGUUGUCCACCCAAGCGUCCAGAACCUGUCAGGCUGUGUCCGAGUCCCCAUUGUCCCCCCAAAAGACAUACCAGUAGAUCUGCACAUCAAAGCCUUUGUUGGAGGGAAAACUAGCACCCAAUUCCACGUGUUUGAAAUCACUCGUCAGCUGCCUCGUUUCUCAAUGUAUGACAUCACUGUUGACUCCUCAGCUGCUCCGCCCAGUGGGAGGGUCACCUUCAGCAUCAACGACCGACCGCAGCGGGUGGUGAUGUGGCUGAAUCAGAACUUCUUGCUUCCAGAAGGAGUAGACAGUCCUGACAUCACUUUUAAUUCACUAAGAGGAGGGGGACUGUUGUCCAUCAGUAUGGCCAGCAAUGGACAGAUCACUCUGAGAACCGAUGACAUCGACCUAGCAGGAGAUCUGGUCCAAUCACUCGCCUCCUUCCUGGCAAUAGAGGACUUGUCAGCAGAAGCAGACUUCCCCGGAUACUUUGAGGAGCUACGCACUACACUCACUGAGGUGGAUGAGUUCCACUCUGUCCAUCAGAAGCUAACUGCAGCCAUGGCCGACCACUCCAACUACAUCAGAAACAUGCUGGUGCAAGCAGAGGACGCUCGCCUUAUGGGUGAAAUGACAACUAUGAAGAAGCGUUACAGAGAGCUGUACGAUCUAAACAGGGAUCUGAUCAACGAGUAUAAAAUCCGCUCUAACAACCACAAUGCACUACUGGCCUGCCUCAAGUCUGUCAACCAGGCCAUACAGCGGGCUGGUAGACUCCGAGUGGGUAAGCCCAAGAACCAAGUGAUCUCUGCCUGCCGCGACGCCAUCAAGAGCAAUAACGUCAACGCGCUCUUCAGGAUCAUGAGAGCCGGCACUGCAUCCUCCUGAGGGUGGAAGUGGUGGGAUGCAGGAAUGGACAAAUAUAUUUAAAGUAUAAGCACAACUGAUCAUUACUGUAAUCUAUCUAUUUUAAGCGUGGCACCAGCAAGGAAGUUUCCCCAGAAUGAUGGGACGAGAACUACACGUGGACAUGAAAAGGGACGCUGUUGUAGCCUUAAUCAAUCUUUUUUCCAGGAUUUAAGAAUAAGCAACAGCCUGGCAGCAACAUUUGGCACCAGCACCAUAAUACUUUUACUCUAUGUGAAAACUUGAAAUUCUGCUAGCUCACAGAAAUAAAAUGCCGACCAUGGAUUUAGUGCACUUGGAAGAGCUCAAUUUAGUGCAGUUACAGCUUAGCUAGGUAAUUGUCAAAAUUAGUGGAAUGCAGGCAGGAGUGACGCAACUGUUAGAGAGUUCAGCUGGACCAAAAGGGGGAGUGGAGUGCUUCCACCAAACUGUUUCUCGGAAGCAAUGGAACAAAGAUAUUCUGAAUCAAUGGUGCUUCAGAGGAAUUCAUUUUAAUCCAUUAAUCUAAUCUAAUCAAGGUUCAACAUAUUGCUGCUGUCUAAACCUCAUGGAAAAACAAAAAAUUAGACCUUUUCUUCAGUUUUAUGCUCACGUAAAUCUGUCUGAUAACAUCAGUAGUUAGCCAAAUGUUCACUGAAUGUACUAGAGGUGUUCCAGGUGGCGUUGCACAUUUGUCUAAGAAAUGUUUAAACUUCAGAAAAGAAACUGUCCGUUUCCACAAAGACUAGAAAAUGACCAUCUGCUGGAUCAGCGCCGUGAUUGUUUAAUCCAGCUGACACAGUGAUGUUUAGAGAGAGCACAGCUGGAGCGAGAUAGAGAGCAGCUUCCUCUCAGAGAGUCGUGCCAUUGAAAUCAUUGGUGGCCCCGAUAGUUCUGUGACGGCCGCCCUCUCAGACUCAGGUCUCUGCUCCCAGCUGUUUGUGUUUGUGUGCUGUUUGUAGCCAAAGAAAACUAUUCUAAAUGAAUGGAUGUCACAGAGGACCAACGAUGUGUGUUUACCUUUUGUAGAUUGUACACAGAGAUUGUAAAUGUAAUUGUGUGUUUGUUGCAGAAAACUAUUAUUAAAUUAACUUAUGUUUUAAAGGUU